AUGGAUAUUCUCAAGUCUAUCCUCCCCGAAGCAAAGGGUGUUCUACCCUACUACAUGAUCAUCCUGUCCAUCAUUUCGAUCGGAAACUCGCUGCAGACGUAUACAACCCUACACUUCUCCCGACGAGUCUACAACGGCAAAUUCGUCCGCAACCCCAAGCUCCCUCCCAAGACAGACAAGUUCGAGCCAGAGGAUCAGAUCAACAAGCUUGUUCCCGCCCAGAACGACCCCAAGGCUACCGAUCAGCUUACUCCCCUUGCUGGAAGACUUUUCGGUACCUGGACUCUUAUCACUUGCGUUGUUCGAUGCUACGCAGCUUAUAACCUCCACAUUGGUCCUGUUUACACCAUUGCUUAUUGGACUUACAUUGUCGCCCUGGGACAUUUUGCCAGUGAGCUCUUCGUUUUCAAGACCAUGACUUUUGGUCUCCCUCAGUACUUCCCUUUCACUCUGGCUUCCAUCUCUCUUAUCUGGAUGCCUCUUGUUCGUGACUACUAUGUCGAGUACAACUAA